AAAAGCACACGUCUCAAAAAUAUAUCCGUUUCCUCGCUUAGAUACGAAACCUCUCUCUUUUUGAAAUCUCUCUGACUCUCUCUCGGCGAUAAUGGCGGAAUCACCAUCGCAGAGUGAUGCACAGCUUGUUGCUCAUCAAUCUCCUGGUCAGCAAGCUGAUUCGGAUCUGACGUCUCUCGUCUUCGAAAUGUCACAGCAAGUUCAGAUGGGGAUGGAGAAUAUGCUCAAGAUGGUUUAUGAAAUCGAUCAAAACUCGGUUGGAAUCAAGGAAGAGAUUGAGAAAUCAAAGGAUUUUGCUAUGGAGAAGAAAAGGAUCCUCGAGGAAGAGAAAGACCAGUUUCAGAAAGCUGCUUACACUAUUCUAGACAUGCUAAGCAACAGCCGAGGCUAAAUCCAAGUACUCGAUUUUAAACCUCUUCACAGCUUCACUUAAACAAUGAAACUGCUAAAUUCAUUAUUACCUGAUCCACUUCCUCAUGUAUCAGGUGAUGCUCAUGAAGAAACUAUAUCAGGUAAAGGAAAUAUUAGAAAUGUCAACAAAGACUCUCACUGGUUUGGUUUUGGAUCCACAUAUAUAAGGUCGUAUUAGCUUUACAUUGCUAUUACUGAAACUUUUAUCACAAAGUGUGAAUCCAGUAUGCAGUAUAUAUUCGUAUUCAAGUGAAAAACUCGUAAAAACAGAUAACAAAUGGAAUAAGUAUCUGCUCAACUUGUCAGAA